GCGUCUAGAUCAGCCGAACAUAGAUCUCCAUGUUAGGGAGUCUCUCUCACCAUUCAGCGAAUGUUCGCGUAAUUACGCGGCGCGAUCCGUUUUAUUUUCGAUUCGGAUACGCGAGCAGCAGGUGUCCGUGCGAAGAACUUGUGUCCGUUCGCAUGUUUUACGAACGAAUUCCAAGGGUCUAAAUAUAUACAUAAAUUCAGUUCAUUGUGAAUUUCUCGUAGGAUAUAUGUAUAAAUAAAUUGUUGUCCGGUUUUCAGUUGUUUUGAAUCGUCAAAGCGAUUGUAAAAGUGGACGUAAGUAGAAGUGCUUUUUCUCGUUUCGCGAAACGUCUGAAACAAGUGCUAAGGCAUUCGUACAUUGUAGUGAUUUUGGUGUAAAUCAAAUAAACACAACAUUGUUAUGUUUGUUGGAAGUGGUGUUCUUCAAAGUGCUCUUGUUGGUUCUGUAAAAAUCAGAAUUUUUAUGAAGAGCCUUGUCUCCAAUUACAGAAGGUGAUUGUGUAUCUACAGGAUAAUUACGUGUUUGUUCUUGUUUUGGAGUAUCGUUGCUGAGUGCUUAUGAAAAAAUAGGUCACUAUUCUUUUCUGUUAACUUUUUGCUGGUGAUAAUGGUUGUUAAUAGAAGAUGCAGUUUUACAAAGCACCAUUCAUCUAUGUGGGACACUAACGGGUCUGCCCUUCAAACAUUGCACAAGGCCAGUUCGAAGGCACGUGAGGAGAACUACUUUCAAGGGGGAUUAUCCCACGAGUGGGUCGAUUACUAUGAGGGAAAGAUUCAAUCCGAUAGGUCGUGUCUCAACGAGUGGCAUGCUAUGGACGAUCUGGAAUCGCGUAGACCCCCGUCUCCCGACUCAGUUCGAACUAAACCCCAUGAGAGAGAUGAAACUGAAAUGGUGAUUCGAUCUACUCUGAAAGAAAUCAUGAUGAGUGUGGAUUUGGACGAAGUAACCAGCAAGUACAUCCGCGGUCGCCUCGAAGAAGAGCUGGACAUGGAUUUAGGCGAAUACAAGUCCUUUAUCGAUCAAGAAAUGUUGACUAUCUUGGGACAAAUGGAUGCCCCCACUGAAAUUUUUGAUCACGUUUAUUUGGGAUCGGAAUGGAACGCUUCAAAUUAUGAGGAGUUAAAAAAGAAUGGUGUACGGCACAUUUUGAAUGUUACCCGAGAGAUAGACAACUUCUUUCCUGGAACUUUCGAUUAUUUGAAUGUGAGGGUCUACGAUGAUGAAAAAACCGAUUUGCUUAAGUUUUGGGACAACACAUACAAAUACAUCACUAAGGCUAAAGAAGAGGGAUCGAAAGUGCUGGUCCACUGCAAGAUGGGUGUGAGUAGAUCGGCUUCCGUUGUAAUAGCGUAUGCAAUGAAAGCCUACAACUGGGAUUUCAAGACUGCGAUGCAGCAUGUGAAAGAGAAGAGGAGCUGUAUCAAACCCAAUACUAACUUUGUCGCUCAAUUAGAAACAUACCAAGGUAUUUUAGAUGCAAUGAAAAACAAAGAAAAACUUCAGCGAUCGAAGUCGGAAACUAACCUCUCGACAAACGGCGAAAGAAUUGAGAAAACAUUGCCCGGAAGUAGACCAACACCACUUAUUCAGGCAUUGCAGCAGUGCAGUGACGUGGAGAUGCGACUUUCGGGCGAAGAACUGAGGAAUACUGGAGCGCGACCGAAAUCGUGGUCUCCCGAUCCGAUACAAACAACUGAAGUUACAAACAAUUCUGUGACGUCGCAUAGGUCACUGGACAGUUUAAACAAAGACGGUGUUUCAGAAGAAAACUUACAAAAGUUGAAGUGCGAGAAAAGUAUAAAAAACGUUUUAUUACCCUGUGAUAACGGUGAGUCGUAUAGCGUGUCACCGAAUCAAAUAAGACACAUACCGAGCGAGAAUCAGGAUCCAACAUCAUCAAUCGGCGAAAUCACGACGAGUGCCGUGGUUAGUGCGUCUGUUAAGCAAAUGGUGAACGAAUUCGAAUCACAGAAAUCGGUUGAGUGUCGUAAAAAGCUAGUCCUUAACGUAACAAAAACUAACGAAACUAACACAUCUAAAUGCCCUUCGCCUGACGUAUGUGACGCGAACAGUAGUUCCUCAGAGUUGCAACAGCAGUUACCACCACAUCUCGACAAAAACGAGACAUGGGACCCAGGCGAGACAAGUCAGAACAAUAAUGAUAAUACCAACCUCUCUUUACUUAAAAGUACAACUGAUAACUGCUGUGAUGAUAAAUCUAGUGUAAGCGCAAAUGGUGACGAACAGACAAUGUGGACGUCAUCCACAGUAUUGCAGACACAAACUUCGGAGUGCAGUGGAACGUUGAUGUUCGCAAAUACUUCAAAAGUUCCUGAAACUGUUAUUAUGCGCGAUAACGAGAAUGACAUUGCUAUUCGAACGGGAAAUACUCCGUUGAGAAAAGGCAGUGACCCUUUUUCUAAUCAGCUGGACAAGGUGUUCGAUAGAGAAGAACGAAAGCAACAACGCGUCUCUGUUAUCCCGACCUUCCCCGUAAAAUUUCCUGAAGAAACAGAAGAUGCAGUAGCUCAUAGAGAAUGCCCUUCGCGCCAAAGUUCAUGGAGUUCGUACGAUAGUGCUGUUGUUCUUGGAUAUCAGGGCGAGUCUCGAGGUCUUCCGUCAAGACAUAGUUCGUGGGGAUCAGGGGACACAAGAACUCUCCCUUCUCGCAAUAGUUCCUGGGGGUCGUACGAUAUGAGACCGACCGGCAAAAAUUGUCCGACGAAUAACACUAGUGACAAAGACGACAAAAACUUGACUUCAAGUGGCUCCGAUAUAUUUAGAAGCAGCUCAAGUGGUAUGUUCCCUUAUGAUAAGGAAGAUAUUCCUUGGCACCCGGGGACCGUAAAAAGAACAAAACAAAAAAUCGAAGAGAAUAAUAAAAAGUCAGAAGAUAAACAGCGAGAAGGGAGUGAUGUAUUUUUUAUAGACGAUGGUUUGACAAGUAGUGAUAUAUCGUUAGCAGAUUCUCAUAUAAAAUCAAAUUCUUCGGAAACUCUCGGCACAGAAUCUGCUAUCGAAAAUGAAUCUGGUAUAGUUGAAGCGGUAAAUACAUGCCUCAUUCAAUGUAAAGCAGAAAAUGAUCUCCGUAAUGCAAACCAAAGCGUUUUGUCCCCCAGUGCCACAUCACCGAAACUUGAUAUAGCGAAUAGUAAACGUAACUUGUUUAGCAGCGGAUCUUCAAGAUUAUCUGUAAGCGCACCAGAAAGUUCGGCAAUGGAAAUGGUAGCUCCUAAAGAAUGCUCUCUAUCACGAUCAACAUCUAAUGUAUCUUCGGCCAGUUAUGAAUCAAAAUCAAGUGUGGUUAAUACCGCUCAAUGUUCUUCAGUCAAAAAACAUAAGAUCUACCUCGAAAGUUUGUCUAGCAAAGAUAGCAAGUCUCAGAAAAAGGAUGACAUGGCUUUGGAUAAUGCCCCUAAUAAUCCUAGUAAGUCAGGAAUCGUGAGAAGCUUAAAAAAAGAAUUCGAAUCAAAAACUACUUUGAACGUAGAUGAUCUGAAGUCUAAUAAUACUAGCAGUGCACCUACGUCGCCGGUCAGUAUCCACGUAGAAAUCGAUCAAUUAGACAACGAGGGCUCUGACCCUGGCGGUGAAGACUUGAGUUUAAAAAAGUUAAUUGGAAAAUUCGAAUUGACAUCUCGGGAAAAUUCUCAAGUAAAUUUGCGUACCAAACAUCAAAACAAGCAGCAACAUGGCAAAAGUGGGGGCCGCUAUUCUUGUAUCGAGGUGUCUGCCGAUAAAUCACUUCACAACCCUAUUAUUUCCUGCUACGGUGACAAAAGCAGAACUACUGGCGAAUUCAAAAGACCUCCCAUUGCCCCGGUUGUUAGAAAUCCAACUCCUAACGUUGUCAUGGCCACCGUUAUCGCAAAAGCAGCAAAAAAGCAGCAGCAGUUUGGGAAGAGUCACCCUUUGGCGAGGUUGCACAUCAAACCAAGGCACUCGAAUCCCGUGUAUAAUACAAUGUAGUAGUUUUUAAGAACUGGACGCGUGUAAUCGGCUCAACUUUAUAUUGUCGGGCUCUGUGAUGACCUUUACUGGAAAUAACAACGUGCGAACUGAAGAGUGUACUUACUUUUCAUUUUGACGGUAGCGGUGCGGAAUAGUAGUAUGUCUUGGACCAUCGACCGACGAUCUAUUUGUAAUUAUUGCCAAAUUGUAAUAUUUCUCAAGGUUAUAUCGAGUAUAUAUUAUUUUUUCCAAAGACAUAUUUGUUGCAAUUAUAUUUUAUUUUUUGUUAUUUACUUGAAUUUACGACGAUGUUUUAAUUUAUAAGCCUCGAUUUGUAACCUUUUAAAUUUAUUUAAUUACAUGAAACUGUCUCAGACAGACAGAAUUAGCAUAGCAUACCAUGUAUGAGUUUGAUAUUCUCACCUUAUAAGGUACUUUUGAUAAAAAUAAAUCGUUUAAAAAGUG